AUGGUGGCCUUCAGGAGCCUCUCCUUAUGGCUGGCCGAAGCUGGCCUGCUCGGAUUCUCCGUAGCAGCCUCAGACAAAGCGACUUAUAUCGACUACUCCGUGACAGCCAUUAAGGCGUUACAGACCCUCUACGAUGAGCCAGAUGGGCUCUGGGAAACGACUGGCUGGUGGAACAGUGCGAACUGUCUCACCGUUCUGGGAGACUUUCUUGCCCUGGCCGCUGAUGAGGCAGAGGACUUGGGCUUGGAAGACGUGCUCUCCAAUACUUUCACUCAAGCCCAACAGACUAGUCAAACGGCAACUAAGACGCUGGUAAGAGGUUUGAGCAUGCGUUUGUUCGAAUCAAGAUACACUGCAUCCCCAGUCUCAGGCACGUCCGGCCUCGCUUCCCGGGGAUUCAGUGGAUUCAUCAACAACUAUUACGACGACGAGGGCUGGUGGGCUUUAGCCUGGAUAAGGGCAUACGAUGUCACUGGCUCCACAAACUAUCUAAGCAUGGCUGAAAGUAUCUUCGCAGACAUGCAAGGUGGUGUGAAUGUCGCUAAUGAGCUCUAUCUAUCCGUGGCUGCUUCUUUGGCAAAUCGGGCUGGCGAGUCUGAUUCCUACUUGAGCAUCGCCAGGAACCAGUGGGACUGGUUCAAGGGCAGCGGCAUGAUCAACGACAAUAACUUGAUCAAUGAUGGACUCGAUAUCAACUCAGAUGGAUCUUGCACUAACAAUGGAGACACUGUGUGGAGCUACAAUCAGGGUGUCAUACUUGGUGGGCUGGUUGAACUCUUCAAAGCCACCGGUGACUCGGAUUACUUAUCAGAGGCAACUUCGAUCGCGGAGGCUGCAGUAGAAGCUCUUUCGACAGAUGGUAUUCUCCACGAGAGCUGCGAGGCUAAUAAUUGCGGUAACGAUGGGUCUCAAUUUAAGGGUAUAUUUGUGCGCAACUUGUACUACUUGCAAGUUGAGGCCCCGAAAGAUGACUUCCGGAAUUUCAUCUUGGACAACGCGGACUCAAUAUGGAACAAUGACCGUAAUAGCAGCAACUUCUUAGGCCUCGUAUGGUCGGGUCCUCCUUCGGCGGGCGGGUCCCCAAACGCAAGCACCCAGAGCUCGGCAUUGGAUACGCUCGUUGCUGCGGUGGCCGUAUUCUAA